CAUAAAAAAACAGACCUGUAUCUUUUCCAUGAUUUAUGCUGGCAUCGUCUCCACGAGCACCUCAACCCUGAGGAAGUCCCCCUAGUCUGUCUCUACGAGGCAUUGGAGUGUAUGCCCCUACCGGUGGGGGGUCGUCCGUGGGCUGCUAGAGAAUUACCCAGCAGAUCCGGGUCUUCUCCUUGGCUCUUUUCCGAAGACCAAAAGCGUAUCAUUCCCAAUGGUCACUUUGGUCUCCCGACACUUGAAGAACUCAUGCGGUUUGCAAAAGACCCGCCCAAGCCUUUAGAAACCACCGCAGAACGGCCUGCCGUUCAACAUCCAACGGACCCUUUCCAGCGUCUCCCGAUGGAGAUCAUUGAAACUAUCGGGGUGCUCUUGUCUACUCGAGACGUUUUACAUCUCCGACAAGCAUCCCGUGCUGCGACGCCGCUCUUCUCCAGUUCCACCUUUUGGAGAACACGGUUCGACAUCAAUGGCGAACAUGGAUUCCUUCUCCCUGUUAUCAAAGAUUUCACCAACCCAGACCGCAGACGAGACAUCGGCUGGAUACUUCUAUACCAUUGUACCUGUCACCUGAACUGCAGUGGGUGGUUUCAGUUCGAGAUCCACGCCUGGGAGGCCUUGCGAUGGCUCCGAGACACCGCAGUGGCCAUUCACUCGGGACAACCUCGUCCACUGGCCUUCCGCGGCAAUGCCCUUCACCAUUACCAUCAUACCACCUACCGCGGGAUGCAUCUCGAAUCAGUGGACAUUGUGCCGUCGUUACGCCAAAUCGCCAUCUCCGUGCUCCAAGACACCGGGAAUGUGUGUAUUACCGGGAUGGAGUUUAUCUUUGCCGAUCGACCGAGUGUCAUGCUGGGAUAUACUACUCCUGGAGCGAAGCUAGCUACAAGUGAUAUGUAUAGAAAGGGGUAUGCUGCGCGGGAUGAUUGGCCGUAUCCCGGGAUCCGGCUUAUAUUGGAUGUUAGGGUCUUGCGAGGAAUCGCUGCUCAUCGUGGAUUGAAUUGUGUUCGGGUGGUGAGUGUUAUUCACGGGUUUGAAGAGGAUGAUGGACCUGACCAGGACAGUCGACAGCCCUAUUCGGUGGGAUGUGAUGUUCGUUUGACUGUUCGACAAGCUCGGGGGUUUCUGGCGAUGGAUGAGGUUAAACGGGUCGUUGCGGUGUUUGAUAGUCGGGGGAUGAUCGAUAUAGGAGUUUUGGGUAUAGCAACGAGGCGGAUUAAGGGCAGUGCUCAGGACAGAUGGGAGAAGAUUAUUGAUAUCUACAAGACAGCCGGUAGCAUACCUUCCAUUAUCGAAUUUAGAUGA